CCAUGGAAUGGUCAGAUAUAUAAAGAUUGGCGCCGGCGCGACAGCUGAUCAUUAUUCGUUCAUUCAUUUCUGAGGUGGAACUCUGAAGCCUUCAAUUAACAGAAUGGCUAACGUUAGACGCAGUGGUCGCAUCACAUUACAAGCAAGAGAUGAGAACGCACCGGAACAGAAAGUCAAGAUCACACGAAAAAGAAAAUCUGAGACAUCAAAAAAGAUGCCACCCGCAGUGAAGAAACAAAGCUAUGAAAUACAGAAACGGUGGUCAGAAGAAGGGGCAAGUCCAUGUGUCCUUGUAGAAACGCCACACAAGGAGCUUGUGAUGACCAGAGAUCUGUCUGGCUUCAAGCAGUUCCGAUUCAAGAACAUCUUCAUCAAGACCUCACCGCUGCCCUGCCUCAGCUGGGCCAGCUCGGAUGACGUGUGGAUUAAGAUGCUGAACAAGGAGCUGAAGUAUGUCCAUGACAAGGGCUUCCUACAGCAGCACCCCAAACUAAAGCCCAAGAUGAGGGCCAUUCUCCUGGACUGGCUUCUAGAGGUGAGUGAGGUGUACACUCUGCAUCGAGAGACUGCUUAUCUGGCUCAGGACUUCUUUGACCGCUUCAUGCUGACACAGGAUGAUAUGGCGAAGGACCGACUGCAGCUCAUAGGCAUCACAGCCCUCUUCAUCGCAUCGAAGAUAGAGGAAAUCUACCCUCCAAAGCUCCAUGAGUUUGCCUACGUUACUGACGGAGCCUGUGAGGAGGAAGCGAUCCUGGAGAUGGAACUUGUCAUGUUGAAGGCGCUGAACUGGAACCUUUGUCCAGAGACGGUGAUCACAUGGCUGAAGCUCUAUGCUCAGGUGGAGUCGCUAAAGGAUGGUGUCAACUUCCUGGUACCUCAGUUCUCUCAGGACACCUACAUCCAGAUCACACAGCUUUUAGACCUGGCCAUCCUGGACAUCAACUCUCUGGACUACCAGUAUGGGAUACUGGCUGCUGCUGCCUUCUGCCAUUUUUUCUCAUUUGACGUUGUCCACAAAGUAUCAGGUCUGACGUGGGAUAGUAUUGCUCCCUGUGUCCGGUGGAUGAGCCCCUUCAUGCACACGGUCAGUGCCUGUCCCAGAGCAGAGCUCAAGGACUUUAAGAAAGUGACGUCUGACGACAGACACAACAUCCAGACCCACGUAGACUACCUGUCCAUGCUGAGCGACGCUCACCAGAGGCAACCGGACAUCCAAGACAGACUAUCGCCUGCUGCCAUAGGAGGGAUAUUGACUCCACCAAAAAGCACAGAGAAACCAGCCAAUCACUGAGCCCCAGGGUCUCCUUGUGUUGAUCUUCUGACCAACCAGAUGAAGGGAGAAUUCCCUAGAUGUCAUGCCUGACCAGCCAGAGGAUGGGGAAACUUCGGAACCUCAUCCUCACGUGACCAAUCAAAUGAGCUUUUAGGCAUAACUCACCUUUGUGUAGCAUGUUAAAAUGAGUUAUUUAACUUUUUUAUACCAAGCUGUAUAUAUGUAGUAUAACCAUGGAAAUCAGCUCAUGGUUACUAUAUUGACUUAAUUUGUCAAAUGAUUGCAACAAAGACCCUGUUCUCGCAGUCUUAAUCCCCAGAAUUAGAAUUUUACAUGGAGAACAUUUGAGUUGACUCAAGCCUUUCUCUAUAGGAAAGCAUGUCUGCUGUUCCCCCUCUGUUACUUGAAGCUGAACAUCUCAAGACAUGGGAUGUUUUGAUUGCUAAAAAGCUCAUUACUUGAGGUGAAUUGGUACAUAAUGCUCACAGUUGAGUUGCUUAACUUGGUCUCUUAACAUUGUGUUAUCAUGUGUAUCUGGUGCUGUGUAGUUUAAAUCUGGGUGCUCCUGGAAAUGCUCAGCCAUACAGUAACACUGAAAGCAGUCUUGAUGUUUGCUCUGGUGACAUUUUAAACAUUUGAGCUGUUUGAAAGGGUAGUGCAGGGCUAACUGUUUACUACACAACCUUCUUAAACACUGUUUUUGAAGUUGUGUAUUCUCACCACACUGAACGACUCAUUGUGUAUUCUCACCACACUGUGAACGACUCAUUGUGUAUUCUCACCACACUGUGAACGACUCAUUGUGUAUUCUCACCACACUGUGAACGACUCAUUGUGUAUUCUCACCACACUGUGAACGACUCAUUGUGUAUUCUCACCACACUGUGAACGACUCAUUGUGUAUUCUCACCACACUGUGAACGACUCAUUGUGUAUUCUCACCACACUGUGAACGACUCAUUGUGUAUUCUCACCACACUGUGAAUGACUCAUUGUGUAUUCUCACCACACUGUGAAUGACUCAUUGUGUAUUCUCACCACACUGUGAACGACUCAUUGCAUUCUCCUGCCACAACACAUUCCUGGACAACUUGACUUCAGUAGUUUGAUUUAGACCCUUUGGACUGACUUACAACUGUAUGUAAUUUUUAACAUUGUAUUUAUUUGUUCAUUUAUGCCUUAGUGUUUUUAUGUCUAUAUACAUUCAUAGGGCUAUGAAUUCAGGUCUUUCACAAUGCCAAAGGCAAACAAUUUAAGUCACGGGAUGCAUGUUAUUUAUGACGAUCUGUUAUUGGGCGGAAAACCCGGUAUAAUGCAGUUACAUAUGAAAUGUAGUUUUGCGCUAGCCUCUCCGUGGCCUUAGUUGAACUACUAUGGCGAUAGUGUGAUGUGAAGACUUGAGAACCCAGAGGUUCCAGUGCAGGGCUCCAACCCAGUCAGUCUAGCAAACCUGUGACUGUCAACUGAAACCUUCAGUGUUGUGCAGAUGUCUUCCGAGGCAGCCGUAUACAAAGAACCAUGUUUAAACUGUAAAUGAAAUACUAAUGUAUAUAUGUUAUGUACAUAAACUGAAAGUUAUGUUUUCUAAUGGAAUUGUCUUGAAUAAAUGACAAAUGUAUGCA